GUUGGGCCCCAAGGUAAAAAAGGUUAAGAACCCCUGGUCUAUGGUAUUAUACAAAAACAAUGUACAGUAAUGUACAGGCUUUGCAACGUUGUCUUUCUCAGUGUACACAAAUACUGCUUUGAAAGAUGGUGACUACAGCAAGAAAGGAAACCGGUAUCUCGUCAGACGUCAUCCUGUGGGGGAAAAAAUAGCAGAUGUUUGAGUGGAAAGCGGUUUGGAGCGGGGGGAAGAGAAAGAUGAAGGAAGGAAUAAGUGAGUCACAUGUCCUCUAUAUUUUUUCAUCAUCAGGAGUGACAAGGACGUUCUGUUCGCCUGGAUGGGGUGAAAUACUCACUUUAAAACUUUAGAAAGAGAGGGAGAGAGAGAGAGAGAAAGAGAGAGAGAGACAGAGAGAUUGACAGAGUGGGGUAAAUAGUAGUCCUGGGGACUUACUUUGAUGUCACUUUAGUCAGAGUUCAAGCCUGAGGAUUCAGUUAGAGACUGCUUUAGAGGUGAGAGGUGCUUUCCUCACUGGCGCUGCUAGUUGCCAGAAGACCCUGAAGACAAAAAGCCAAUGAGGGACACGAUGUGGAUCUAUGCAGUGUUUACCUUCUUAUUAUCCGAAGCAUGGAGCAUGGAUGAAGUUGUCAGCUAUGUAGCCUUCAACCAGGGGAGUGAAGUUAACCUGACAUGCAUCAAUGAGACGAGGAAGGAGGUGCUGUUUGUUUCCUGGAACAUAGAAUUUAAAAACAAAAGAAUAUGUCGAAUAAGUUUUAUCGAUGGCAGAAGUGAUGAUUUAUGCAAGGAUGGCAAAUCACUCUGGAACACAUCCAGUGGCUUGUCCUACCUUCACAUCCCGAACAUCUCAGAAACCGACGAGGGGCAAUACAAGUGUGAGUCGGUUUACACCGGAGGAAAUGACCAUCAUGUCAUUCAUGUGGCUAUCACAGUUCCUCCAAGUGUAUCGGCCUGGAUAUACCAUAAAGACAACAAGGUGGUUGCAGUGUGCAAGGCUGAAAGAGGAAAACCUGCUGCCAACAUCAGCUGGAAUCAUAUGGAAAACGUUUCAUCUGUACAAAGUGGCUCAAAUGGAUAUUUUACUGUAGAAAGUCGCCUGGAGCUCCUCGAGGGAAUGAACACAGAAAACCUGAGCUGUGCCAUCAGCCACCCAAGCUGGGAAAGGAUAAGGAUAAUCGUACCGAAACUCCAAAAAGGUCAUUCCCUAUGGCUGUAUGCCCUUAUUGUUGGGCUAAUUAUUGUGAUUUCAGCAGGACUUUUGGUUUUUGCACAAAAGAAAAUAAUACCAUUCAGGCGAUGCCAGCAGUCCAACCUCACACAAUCCAAAUCUCCACCGGCAGAAGAUGUGGAGGAAGUGGAGCCCUACGCCAGCUAUGUUCAACGUGUGAACUCUAUCUAUAACUCAUCUGCAGAUCUGUUCACAUAAAAUCCUGCACAUGCAUUGCACUUGAUUCUUUGUGAUAUACUGAGGGUUGAGAAACUGAGAUAUAGUCGCGUAAGAGGAGAGCGAGAUGAAGGGUUUUCCGAUAAAUGAAGGAAAUCUUUCAGUUUAAAGUCUGCCCCAACAGAUCUCUUGACUGCUGGAUCAGGCCACAUAUCUGAUGUCAACCACCGAGUGCACUGCACAGACAGCCCACUCCUCUCGGUGUGUGGGCGUGUUGCUGAACUGCCUCCAGCCGGGCUCAGGACAGCAAGACUGCAGAACUGAUGUAAUUAUUGAACUUAUGGCCUGCAAUUAAAUUAUCAUAAUUGUCCUUAUCAAUGUAAGAUAUUUUUUGGUAAACUGUAAA